AUCACCACCUUCCAUUCAACCACUCUUUAAUGCUUCUUGCCUCAGUCGUCAAUUCAAUAAACACAGGCAAUCCCAAAGCACCCAUUGUUGAAAACCGCACAAGCUCAAAUGGCCGCUGCAGGGGAUUCGUCGGACCCGAACAUCUUCUCGGAAUAUCAACGCCUCCCUGCUUUCAUGAUGUUGUUCCACCAGGUGCGAUGCAAGGAUGACAUGCGACUUCUCGACGAAUUCGUCGGGAUUCACGGGCAUGGCCUACCUUUCGACUGUCGGCUCGUUUGGCCGAAUGGAAUUCGACACAUGGUACGAAUUCUGAAGCUUCAGAACGGGUUCUUCUUUGCGACCGGAUGGAAAGAGUUUGUUAGUGCUACCGGAGUGGCACACGGCGAUUAUCUCACCUUCACGUUGGUUGACGUGGGAAUUUUCAAUGUCAAGCGGUUCUCUCGAGCAACGCAUUGGCCCCCGGCGGAAGACGUGGAAGUGCUUGUGGACAACGAACUGGAAGGGAGAAACGCCCCGGAGGUCGACACGUUUGACGAUUACGUGCCAUCCGAAAAUGGAUCUGAAACAACGGUGGAUGAAGACUAUGUGGACGAUAGCAGGGCACUCACCAUUGAUGGCUGCCCCACAUUCGUGCACUCGAUCACCCCGACUAACAUCAAUCACAGCCUCGAGAUUCCCUUUGGCUUUUGGCAACGCCAUAUUCCGAUGGGGGCUAUACAAGCGGGCAUGUGUCUUGUGACUGAAAGGGGGACGUGGAUAUGUACACUGAAACACAACUUGAGUGGCAUAAGGGUGAAGCGUGGGUGGAGCAGAUUCAAGCAAGAGAACAAUCUGACGGAAGGUGUGCGUUGCAAUUUCACUCUCGUUGAUGCGUUGCUGUCCAAUUCCAAGUGUGGUUUGACCGGCCUUAACACCUGCAGUGGGGAUGGAGCGAUAUCUGUAUGCAUUAUUAUUUAAUGUAGGUAACAAUGCGUGUCGUCUAAGAACAAUUGAGCAUGGCAAAUUUAGUGACUAAUGUACCAAAAGUUAUAAUCGCAUCACAAUUCAGUCACAAAGCCCGAAUAAAAGAA